UUGCGGUUGCUUAGCAACGCUGACUAGAACGCGUUUAGCUUAUUCUGUAGGUAACGUAACCACGAAGGUCUAACUGAUAUAAUUGUUAAGUUAACGCUGAGACAUACAGUUUAACAAACUACGCAAGCUUUAUGUUUAAAGAAGACACGGAUGUAACCAACGCUUAAGUAGCGUUUCCAAUAGCGCGCACACCUGUAAACUGUACUUAAUUUAAGCCAGAAGCUAAAAAAAACCAAAACGUAAGCUAGCGUAAAGUAGGAAAAGUUCGCCUGGCUCAGUGACCAAUAGCUAAAUGCUAAUACACACGUCAUGGACCUGGAUAUUCGUCAAUAUCUAACCAAGGCAACGGAGUAUAAAGACCCCGGGGCUCUGCAGUCAGCAUACAGCCUGAUAAAGGACAUCACAGCAGGGACGAGCCAAAGAGGUUUACAUAUUGGCCCAGAGUUGUACGUCCUGUGUGCGGAAGCAGCCCUCCAGUUGGGUUGCUUGGACAUUAGCGCAGCAUGUCUAAAGAUGUACUUUGAAGAGAAACUGCCUGCUAAUCAAUUUUUGUGUAGAGCCUAUCUCUGUCAGGGCCAGCUAAAGGCUCCAUCGACCACUGGAAGCAUGGAAGACUUUGAAGAGGCUGCAGUGUGUUUCCUGAAAGCAAUUGAAAUUUCAAAGCAUGAGCCAAGAUACAACUUCAUGGUUUUCAAUGCCUCAGUGCUGUAUUUUCAGGCAGUGCGUCCACUUUUGCAGCCAUAUCUGUGCCAUCAUCUGGUUUCUUCACUCAGGCAGGUGGUCCAAAGUCUAGAGGAGGUGGCUCAUCACGACCACAGCUGGAGGGCUGAACUCAUGAUGCAUCUCAUCAAAUGUCUUGUGGACUCUGGGAAAAUGGAAGAAGCUGUAGGUUUUGCCAAGAUUACAGAAGAGUUCAUUAAAUCACACACGCCACAAUUUUAUCCAAGUCUAUUUACGUUAAUGGUACAACACAAGCUGUCAGAGAAUGAUGUCCUUGUUGAAACAAGCAGACAGUCUACCUCAUUGGAGGUGAUUUACAAAAUGCAGGAUUUAAAAAACAGGUUGAAAACAAUGAAAAAUGAUGAGCUGAAUAAGGAAGAUUCUGCUAAGCUGGAGGAGAUCUUCCAUCUUCUGGUGGAUUGUACCAAAGUAGCCACUACAGUCAAGAACCCAAGCCUUCACAUCCCAAUCCCUGCUUAUCCUGUUGACAGAGUUGCCUUUCUACUGGAGUUGGCUCUGCUGGCCUUGCAAGUAAAGCAUCAAAAAGUAGCUGCCGGCUGUAUGAAAGAGCUAAAAACAGUGGGAGAGACUAGUGCUGGCCAGCGCAUAAUAAUGGAAUGUGUUACCUGUGGAAUCAACCUUCUGAAGAAAGAGGCAAAGAUGAGCGCCUAUUGCAAAGCCAGUGUAGAGGCACAACUGAAGGAGAUAGGCAAGCUGGAUAAGUUGCUGCAGACUGCAGUGAGAGAAAGGGACCCUCAAGCAGCGCAGGCAGUAUGUGCUACUCAGUGGAGCUUCUGCCUGCCCCUCCUACAGCACAACCUCAGGAAGUACAUCAAGGCACCUCUGCUUAGAAUGGCCCAAGUGUUGGAAGACACGCAAAGUGUGAUGCAGGGGAUGCGCAGUCAGAUCCACUCUGAACUGGCAGCAAUGGAAGAGGAGGAGGGGCGUCUUGAGGCUGCUUUGACUCACCUUCACAAAGCAAUGCUGCUGGAUAACGGAACUCAACGACAACGGCUGUCGUCUGCCUUCCACCUCCUGCAGCUGAGAAAGACCCUCUACCAAACACCGUCCCGGAAUGAGGACAAAGCUGCUUUGCUACUGCAGCAGGCCAAAGAAAUUCAGCCCCAAGAUAAAACAGACAGCCGUCCCUGUUUGGUUGCUGUGGGUCUUCUUUUGGCCCCUGAUGAUUUCCAGAUGGUGCUUGAUGCAGAUGACACCUCCGAAAUCAGUCUUGCAUCUGGACCAGUGGCUCAGCUCUGUGCUAAGGCUCAACAUCACACUACAUGUGUACAGAGGGUACACAGACACCUGACCACACAAGGAGAUAAUUCUGACAAUGCAGAAAGGGUGAAGUUGUGGGCAACACUGGCAAAGAAAGCGAGGAAAGAGGAAGUCUGGGAUGUGUGUCGAGCUGCUUCCCGAUUCUGUUUACUUUAUGAUGAUGGGAGAUGGAAAAUGUCUGUGAAUGAUGAAUGUACAUGCUCAGACAAGGAGAGCCUGGCAGAGUGUAAUCGGGGCUGCACUGAAAACCAAAUUAACAUAAAUGACUUGUUGCAGCUUCUAGCUGAAAUAAGGUUUAUUGCUGCUGAGGCCACCGUCCAGAAGCUGUUAACAGAAGGAGUGAAGCUAAACAGCCCUGCCGUCCCCCCACGAGAGAGAGGUGUUUGUGUUUCUGAAGUCAAUCAACAUUGGAUUAUAUACAGAGACUGGAUUCAAACACUGUCUGCCCAUGCCACCUCCAACUUCUUGCGAGCAGCAGAGCUUGGAGUAGAGAUCAACGAGCCGUGGGUUGUUGCCAAUGCAGCCAUUUACCUGUGGAACUACAACAGCCACCUGUUGGCCGCUGGGGAAUACCAACACCUGGUUCCCACCUUCCAGGGACUGGUGGAAAUGCUUCAAAAGAUAGAAUUCACUCGGAAUCGUGCUCUUGUGGUGCUGCUGUGUGAUGUAGUGGCCCGGGGGUUGAUCCAGCCCCUUUGUAACACAGACUAUAUUGAGCCAUCCCCACAAGCAGAUAAAGGCAAAAACAGAGCUGAAAAGGGGAUGGAGAAGGCUGCCAAUAGCCAUGGGAGUUUCUUGGACCCUGCUCCCCUGCAGGAUGUCCACAAGGCAUUACAGCUUAGUGAAUAUGCCCUUCACUUGUCCGGCUGCAACAACACAGGAGAGAAAAUUUCCAUUGCUGUAAGGAAGCAAGCGGUGGCCACAUGGGUGCAGAUCAAGAGACUGUUGAAGCAACAAAUUGGCUCAGAGAUUGACAUUAAACACAAGUCUGAGGAUGAGGACGUGUCUGCGAUGACGCGAGUACUGGUUGCUGCGGAGAUGCUCCAGUGCAAUAAGAACCCGAGGCACAUGGAAUUCUCCGCUCCCAGUCUCUCCACACUGUUGAGCAUGGCAUCAGAAUGCAGCUGGACUGAUGCUGUGGUGGAGCUCCAGGUGUGGUGUCAGCUGGCCUCUUUCUGUUAUGAUGUCAAUGACCACAGCUUGGUACUGUGCUGUACUAAGAAUGCUCUGCAGCUGGAAGGAGCAGCAACCAAAACGCUCAACAUCAUGCCUUGUGCUUUAUAUAGCCUGUCUGCGGUGAAUGAAAUGCUGAGCAGUGCAGCUUGUUUGAGAGGUUUAAGCUUAGCCCAUGAGUCCAGAGGAGAUUUACACAAAUACAGAGAGGCCCUGAAGAUGCUUCUGUUUGGUGUCAGCAAUGCAGAAAAGGCUGACAAUCCAGCAUUGUGUAUCACAGCUGCCAAACAUUACUGGAACACUUGCUUACCGCUGACACAGAUUCCCGUGGAAAGAUGGCAGUUUCAAAAACCCCUAGAGAAGAUCCUGACUGCUCUGGUUCAUACAAACUGCAGCCAUACAAGUAAGCAGGGCAAAGCAAAACGCUUUCUGACCUUGGAGGCAGCAUCUCCUGUGAGACCCAAGGAUGGGUCACAGGCAGAUGAAGAUCUAAGCCUGAGAGCAGAUAUUUACAGUUUCUUGCUCCAACUCCAUGUUGAAUUAAAAGACUGGAAAAGUGCUCUGCAGCUUCUGGACAAAGCAAUUAGUGAUGUGUCGUGCACCAGACGUCGAAUACCUCUGCAGAAACAACGUAUUCUGGUGAAAGUACAACUGGGGGAAAACAUACUGAUGGACAUGCAGAAGUUACGAGGGGAAGAUGAGUGGUGCUGUUCAUCUAUGUGGCAUCAGGCUGCACUUUGUGCUACCAAUAAGUCCAAACAACUGACCUACUACCAGGAAUCCAUCACCUCCGCCAUGUGUCCAAAGAAGGUCAGCCUUUUGAUGGAAUUUGGAGCAUGGCUCUACUGUCACAACUUCCCCAAAGCUGAUGCCCACCACCAGCUUCAAUGGGCCAUUGACAUCCUUCUAAAUGUGGAACCUGAACAGGCAGAAGAGCCAGGGGAUAACUCAAAAGGGAAGGAUUUGAGCUCAGGGAAAUGUGAGCUUUUGGUAGGAGUCCAGGUUUUUUCAUGGAUCCAUAAUUUGUCUAAUCUGAAGGAAGUGUGGCGCCUGGACUAUUUGAUCCAAGCACACACCCUAGUCGCUGUCAUGACAGACAAGACGUCACCCGAGUACCAGCUUUACCUGGUCAGAGCGUACACCUUUGUACUUCAGAUUUGGAAGGAGUCCAUGGCAGUGGCUAGUCAGAUUUCAAGUGAUAUGGCAAAGUGUCAGCCUCCUCAGCCUCCUCAGUCUGCUGGAUCCAAAAAGGAUCAAGACAAGGGCAAAAACAAAAAAACAAAAGAUCACACCCCUGCAGAGGAAAGACCUAAGUCUAUUACUUUGGAUCAGACUCUGCCUUCAGCUGUGAAGGAGUGGGCUUGCUACAUGUGCCCUGACCAGGUCAGGCAGAUAUUCAGAGCCAACAGUAACCCUCACUGUAUCAACAGGCAGAGCAUUUCAAAGCAGACUCAGAGCCUGUUUUAUCUCAACCGGCUGGAAAACGAACUUCGCUUGCUGUCUCUUGACCAUCUGACCCUGCCUGUUUUGCAUCUAGCUGAGACCAUUGCUCAUGAUCUUAUGGAUGAUGAGGGCCUCUCUGACCUCUAUCGACUUAGAAUCGUGAGGACCUGUUGGCAGCUGGGUGUGGAAGCCAAUUUUGCAUAUCAGGAAAAGCUCGUAAUUCUGAGUAGUAUUCAAAAACAAAUGCAAAUGAGGUGCCAGAACAUAAUAACUUCAUCACAAGGAAGGAGUGACAUUCACAAACAGGUAAUCUUACAGAAGACAGGGAUGGAUAACAGUGCUUGGUUGAGGAAGGAAGGCAUGGACAUGCGUGUUCAGGAUAUCUGGCUGGACAAAGCUGAAGUUUGCCUCAGUAUGGGACUGUAUCAGCCAACUAGACAGCUUCUGGCAGAGGCCCACCUAAUAUCUGUGGAACUUGGAGACCUAAAAGCAGUUGCCAGAUGUUUGCUCAAAUGUGCCAUCCUGGCUUGUGAAGAGCAGAACUAUGCCCAGGCUUUGAUCCUGUUGGACAAAUCCUUGGCCCUGGGUGGGAAUAAGGAGUUCUGGUACCAUUUCACAUUGACCAAGGUCAGAGCUGUAUUAGGGCAGAGACAUCGGGAUGCACAAGCCAAGGCUGAACUCAUUAUAAAGGAAGGCUGUGAAGCGCUCAAGCUCAACCUGGAGCAACAGGCCAUUCAAGCACCUGAGCUCACGUUCAUGAUUAUUUCACUAGAGAUGAGAGGUGCCAUGGAAUGUAUAAGUUUCAUCACUGGAAGUGAAUGCGGAGGAGCUCCUUCCACUGAGGCUCUGCAGAGGUUAACGUCUUCCUGUGAUAAACUCAGAGAUUGUGCCAUUACAUUUACUAAGCUCAGCUACAAUGAGCAGGCUGCAGAAGCACAUGCAGAAUGUGCACAUACACUGAGAUUCUUGUCCUCCCAUGCAGCUGAUCCAGCCAGUAAACAGCGUUUCCUGCUCAAUGGCCUCUCCCAGAUGCAGUUAGCUGUCAUGUUACAGGAACACGUAGCUCAGAGAAUUCAGGACCUGCUAUACCCACAGGAGGAGAGCCAUCAACAGCUGCUACCAGCCAUCAGAAAGCUGCUGCGCCUGCGACUGGCCUUGGCAGAAUUUUGUCUAGCCAUGUUGGAGGAGCACUGUGCUGAGGAAAAAAGCCAAGCUGUGGCUCGGAUGUGGAAAACCUCUGUUAUGAUAGCAUUGGAGGAUUUUACACGCUGCACUCCUGAACCUGACUCUUUGGAACAGGAAUGGGUGAGUGUGGGUAGCACCUUGGGACAGGUGGCUCUGAGCCAACUUGCUGCAGUCCGUUCCUACAAGCUGGUCAACAUGGAGACCAGAGCUCGAUGCCUGACUCUGAUGGGGACGUACCUUAGACUGCAGGCUGUGCAUGAAGGACCUGUUCAAAUGUGCUUCCUCUGGGGCAGAAACAAGCAGGUGUCCCAUUCUGAACCUAAACCAAUUUUCAUAAAGGAAGGGGAUUCUGAGAAAGACGGAGAGUCAAGCAGAAUGACCUCUGCCAAACGUGCUGAGCUGCAGCAAAAGAGAUGUAAAGUGCAGCAGUUGUUGACACAAGCCAGUAAAGCACUUGCUGAAGCCACCAGCCUUUGUCUCCAGCAUAACCUGCCUCGUUCCAUCUUGGCCGAUGCCUCUCUCAGCAUGUUAGAGUGCCAUGGCCAGUCAAACCCUGCAGUGGCAGGGCAGUAUCUUGCUCUUUUUCAGAGUUGCUGUACUGUAUCUAUGAUUGUUGAGGUCCUCAGUUCUGCCUGUGCAAACACCAGUGUGUCCCAGUUCUCGGCUCUGCUCAGUUUCCACAGGAAACUGCUUCUUGCACAGGAGGAGAGGCCCAGCAGCAUGCUUAGGGGGGUGGAGGACUCCCUCAACAGCCUUUCUAAGGCCUUCAGCCACCUGACAAUCAGUCCCAAUCACCUAAACAUGCUUGCGGAGCUUCCACCUAACCUGAAGAUUCUACUACUUCAGCACAAUAAGGAUGGGUCACAACUUUAUGGGGCUUUUUAUGAAACAACCAAAGAGUCAGAAAGUCCCAAAGGAAAAACAGGUAUCCUGACGUGCUCCAGCGUGGCAAAGGUUUCAGUCUGCCCGCAGGCUCUGGGGGCACUGAGGAAGAAAACUCAAGCCUUUGGGCAGGAGACCAGACACACCCUCCUCAAAGAAGGCUUCUGGCAAAGCACUGACAGCAGGCUGGAGGUCACUGCAGAGCAUCAGGAAACUGCAGCAGAAAAAACGUUAGAACAUCACUUCAGAGAAAUUGUACAAGAUAUGGAAGAAUAUUUAAAUCCACUUCUUGAACAGUUUGACUUCUCUUGCCUUAGGCUUGAAACUCUAUCAGCUCCAGAGAUGACCAGAAUCAAAGAAAAAGAAGACAAGGCAAACUCUGCUAAAGAGGAACAGGGGACGUUUUUGGUGUUGCUGGCAGACCAGAUGUUGCUAGAGUUGCCGCUGGAAGCCCUGUCCAUCCUGCAAGAAAAAGGCCUGACCUCUGUCUCACGAGACUUCUCCUUACAGCUCCUCCACAGUCGACUGAACAAGGAAGAGCCACAGAUAGUUGAAAAGGACAACAAAAAGGAGACCAAAGGUGCGAGGGGAACUAAAGAGAAGGGAGAUCAAAGCCGAGCCAUCAAAGUGGUGCCUGCUAAUCGGACCUUGCCUUCAAACACCUUCCCUAUCGAUUCAAAGAACUUUAAAUACAUAAUUGACCCCAACCAAAAAGGUAACAUUGAAGGUACCUGUCCUUUUACACGCAUAGAAGAGAUUUUAGAAUCCCACAAUCAGCAAUUCACACAUCCCUUUGUGAGAAACAAACAAAAACCCAGUCUGCCUGAGAUGGAGCAGCUGCUGUGCAGAUGCAGUGCCUUCAUUUACCUCGGGAUGCAACGUUUCACAGAAGACGUUCCACUUUCCAAACUGGCAGCUCUCAAUCUGUGUGAGUGUCGCAUGGCUCUGCUCUUUGACCGGAUCCAAAACUCUGCCACCCUCCUUCGCCAAUCAAGCCUACAUCUGCACAAGAGCACAGGAAAGCUUGCCCUGGAAGAAACCCUGGAGACUGCUCUCCUCUUGAGUGUGGUGGGUGUUGGCUGUGUUGUCCUCAAUCAUUGGCACAGCAGCCUUAAGCAGAACACACACAAUGUGGCCACAAUACUAGACAACAUGCUGAGGUCCAGUCAGACCUCUGGACAAAGCGUCUAUGCCUUGAGGAAGGGAACCAGCAAAGUGACAGGACAAGAAAAUCAGUCACAUGAUCAAACUCUCCUUGCUGACUUUGAGGAAGAUCAUGUUCAACACAAAAUGACUCAUUCACUCUUCAACUGUGUUCUUUAUGGACUCCCUAACCUAAUUUUUACCUAACAUAUUUUGUAUAAUGUAUAACUGAGACCAGAACUCCCAAUGCUCUCAGAGAGUGUAUCCUAUAGAGAUGAGCCUCCAUUGUUGUAUGUGUGCUGUGUCAUGUUUACAGUAGGAUGUGUGAGUACUGAAGAGUAGUAAAUGUGCUGUUAACCGCUAUAGCAACAGUCCUGUUUGUUCUGUUUAAUGUCUGACUAAAAGUUUAUUUAGUCAAAGUGCGUCAUGUCAGAGAACAUAAACAUUAACUAGGCAACUUGCAAUAUUGACCUCACAUUAAAUUCUUAGUGUAGUACAAACUGUACCACCUUCAAACCAUUAGAGACUCUAUUUGACUUCAAGAGAGAGAAAACGCAUCCCUUUACUAAGAUUAAAUCUAAAUUAAUGUAAUAGUAUUUACUAAUAAAAAUCUCUUAAAAGACUGCAUGUACUGUAAAUAUCCAGUAGAUGAAAAUGAACUAAGCCAAAAUUCAACCUAAAAAUGUGAACUUUUCCAACAUACAGUAACAUCCAUACAUCCAUACAAAUAACUGAUGACAGAAUGUGAUAAUUAAUGUUUUACUUACUUAAUUUCUCCAUUACUUGUAGCUGGUAAUUGUAUAUUUACAGGAAUAAAAGUACGUUUUCCUUGUGA